AUGGCUUUGGGUGAUUCUUCCUUCCAGCGAUAUUUGGCAGCACUGAAUGCGGAGUACGAGCGCCUUGCCACUGAGAACAACGAGCUGCGCAGAGAGCUGCACAAGGACCCCCUUUGGAAGCUUCGCCGCUCCAGCACUGACUCAAACCCUCCGCCGCAGCCGAUCCUCGCCUACGCCGCCACGCCCUCCACCUCAGUGCCAGGCGAGUUGCCAGCGGAUCCAUUGUGGCAAAUACGCGGCGAGGAUUGCGAGAUCAUCGAGCCAGUGAAAGCCAUCACUGCAUAUGAGCUGGACGAUUAUGCUGAGAAGCGUGAUAAGAGCCCGAGUGGGAAGUCCGUUCCGCCGGGAAGCCCGAAGAAAAUGUCUGUCAGGGACUACAAGCGGCAGAACUCCAGAUGGAUUGACGACGAGGAAUCGGAAGACAGUCCAACUUUCUUGCUGAUGCUGGAUGUGAUCCCCGCUGUCGUUAUCAUGCUGAGUGCCGCUGUGGCCGGUCUCAGUGCAGACAUACAUCCAGAAAGUCCAAUUUGGCAGGCGUUUGAGAUUUUCUUUACCGUGUUCUUCGUUGGGGAGAUCUGUGUCAAAUUGCGCGUCUUUGGCGUACGUGAGUACUUGGUGGGCAAGGACUGGUACUGGAGCUGGUUCGAUAUCCUCUGCGUGGUUCUGGCGCUCGUGGAUCUUGCUGUCACCUACGGCACAAUGGACAGUGCAGCCUCGGACUCCGGGUCGCUGAGCUCACUGAAGAUGUUGAAGUUAGCACGGCUGGGCCGGAUCAUUCGAUUGCUGAAGUUCAAGAUCUUUCAGGAGCUAAAGCUGAUGAUCCAGGGCGUCUUUACCGGCCUUCGAGUUCUAACUUGGGCCGUGAUCCUCCUCGUCACCAGCAUGUAUCUCCUUGGGGUGAUCACUCGCACUUUCUUUGACCAAUAUGAUGAGUUCUCGACGGUCCCUGCAGCUAUGUUCACGUCCUUCCGCUGUGUCACUGACGGCUGCACAGCCUACGAUGGCACUCCUCUGCAAGAGAAGCUCCGCAGGGACUCGGACAUGGGUGGCGUCCUCAUGAUGAUGUACAUUCUGCUGUUUCUUUUCGUUACGAUUGGAAUCUUCAACCUGAUUAUGGCUGUAUUUAUUGAUAAUGUCACGGAUGGCAGCACCAAGAAGCGGCAGAGGCAGCUGGGUGCGAAUGCACCGAAGACGGAAUGGCUGAUCUCGUCCGUUUUGAGAAACAUCAUUUUGACCAAGAUCUUGCACAAGGAAGCCGAAGAGGAGAUGAUGAACGGUGACUAUCACACUCAUGGCCGCCGUCCAUCGAAAAUCCUCAAGGAGAAGCUCGGGGCGCUGCAAGAGAUGUAUGGAUACAAGCCGCACACCGUUCACGAGUACGAGCAGCUGACAAACAAGAUUCGCAAAGAAAUGGCCACGCGCAAUGUGGUGGUGACGCGUGAGGAGUUCAAUCACUGGCUCUCGGGCGAGAAAGAACUUAUCACAACUCUGGACGACUCUGAGAUCGAUUUGUCAUGCAAAUCCGAUCUUUUUGAUGUCCUGGACGCUGAUUUGAGCGGCGAGCUGGAGUUUGAGGAGAUGAUUGAUGGCUUGCUCAAAUGCCGCGGUCCUGCUUCAAAAACGGACAUCAUUGAACAUGGACUGAUCAGCUAUAAUGUGGCGAGGGACCAUGGUCACAGCCUUGCUGCAGGCACACCCUUCCGUGCACCUAGCGGCGGGGGAGGAGUGGAGCCCAUCCAUACGUAUGUUUCCAUGUGCAGUCCAAAGUCAUCAGGCAAUUGUUCGGAGUCACUUAACCUCUGCCCAUUUGCAAUUCCCAUGCCACCCAGUACUUGUAGGUAUCCGAGCUCCAACGAACAUGAGCGAAGGCUGACAACUAUUUCGCACCGCCACAAUGCCGUUCAGCUUGUCAUGUCUCAGCCCGACGACGUCGGCUCGCUUGCAAUUGUCGUUAGAGGUGCCUUCUGCAAGUCGCACGACAGCGGGGCUGGCAACCGUGCCCAGAACAAAAGUCAGAGCCAUCCAGUUUUGCUUAAGGCGGUGCAGCUGCUGGCCGAUCUGGGGGAAGAUCGACUGGAGACCAACAUCAUCAUGCAAAGCGCAGCGAUUACUGCGUGCGAGAAAGGCGGGGCCUGGCAGACUGCAUUGCGUUUGCUUCGAGACCUGAAUCAAACCCGAAUCUCACCCGAUGUGAUCAUGUACAACGCAACGAUGAGCGCGUGCGAGAAAGGUGAGCAAUGGGCGCAGGCGCUGUCGCUGCUGUUGGAUCUGCGCGUGUCUCAGCUGGAAGCAGACGUGAUCUCUUACAACUCUGUGAUCAGUGCUUGUGGGAAGGGUGAGAAUUGGCAGAAGGCUGUCGGGCUGCUCCGUGACCUCCAGCAACUGCGGUUGCAGGCUACCAUCAUCACCUACAACGCUGUCAUCAGUGCCUUUGGACAAGGACAUGAAUGGCAAAGGGCCGUAGGCUUGCUGCAAGAUCUGCAGGAGCAGAGGCUUGAAGCCAGCAUCGUGACCUUCAGUGCCGUCAUCUCUGCUUGUGAAGAAGGUGGACAGUGGGCGCAUGCUUUGCAAGUUCUCGAAGACGUGGGCAGCUCCAGGCUUGAAGCCAAUAUCGUAGCCUACAACGCAGCUGUGAGCGCCUGUGGGAUAGCAGGCCAGUGGGAGCAAUCCCUGGCCUUUCUGGACCUCUUGCCGAAGCGGUCCUUGCAACCAGACAUCUACACCUACUCGGCCGCAAUCAGCGCCUUCGGUGAUGGCGAGCGGUGGGAUCCGCAGUGGGAACAGGCACUUCACCUUCUUGAUGAACUGCGCCUGGCAAAGUUGCUACCAAACAUCGUGACCUUCGGCGCCGCCAUCACGGCGUGCGAGAAAGGCGGCCAAUGGCAAGCUGCACUGUGCUUGUUGGAGGACCUGGCUUCUCAUCGCAUCCCGCUCAACACUUUGACAUGCAACGCAGCGAUCUCUGCCUGCGAAAAGGGCAGGCAGUGGCAGCUCGCGCUGGGGCUCCUGCACGACAUACAUCAACGUGGCUACCAAGCGGAUGUGAUUUCUUUCAGUGCGGUCAUCAGGGCCAUCAGGGCUUGCGAAGACGAAACGCUGUGGGGGCAAGCCCUCUGCCUCUUCGAGGAGAUGAGGCGACAGCAACUGCCAGCCAACUCCAUCACUUUCUAUGAGACCAUCGGUGCUUGCGUGAAGAGUCUGCAGUUCGGUCAGGCUGUACGCUUGCUUGAAGAUGGCCAAUUCUAUGCAUUGGCACUGCCGCUCAAGUCGGGAGGCAAAAAUGAGCCCGGGGAGGCACAGUAUGAUGAUCAGUUUGCGGCGCAGUUUCCACCCAGCAGCAUGCAGUUCUGGUUGAUCCGCACUGAUUAUCAACUGUUCAUGUGCAACCUGGCCUUGACAAGCCCCCUGUGGAAGGGAGCCUUGAAGGCCAGUCUCUUGACUUCCAGCGGCUUUGAGGGCCAGCAGGGCGAGUCUUCUGAAGCGGGUGAGUGCCCAGGACACAUUUGCAGCGACGGCUGGGUGCCGAAGACGGACCACCAUGAACUGCAAGGCUCCAACGAUCCCCAGUGCUGCGUAAAGACAUGCGCCCUCUGGACCUGCAGUGCCGGCUACGUUGCCGACGCCAGAUAUGCCGGGAAUGUAGGCAGCUCGAACGAGCAAUGCUGCGACAAGACGUGCAAAGGCUUUUCCUGCCCAGCCCACUUCAAGGUGCCCAUCGAGAAGUCUCAAGAAGCUGGCAUUACGACGGAGGAAUGUUGCGCGCCAACCUGCUUCAACGUUACCUGCAUGCCGAACUACGUUAAGGUCAAGGCAAACGUAGACAAGCUCUUCCCCAAAGAUGAAGAGCAAAGCUUCUGUUGCGAGGCAACCUGCGCGACACACACCUGCGAUGAGUCGCAAGGAAUGGCGGUGGAUCCAAAGAAACUGCACCUCACCGACGUCAGUGACGAGAAAUGCUGCAGCGCGACCUGUGCAGCCUUCACGUGCCCGGAGGGCUACGCAGUGCCCUCUGCCAAGGAGAAGGUGGUGGGCAACAGCCAAGAAGAGUGUUGUCAGCCGCUCUGCAGUGCCCACAAGUGCAGCGCCGGUUGGAAGCCUGACCCUGUCAAGGUGACGGCACUCAAGCACUCCGACGAGGCAUGCUGCCAGAAAACAUGUUCGAAGUACGAGUGCGGCGAGGGCUGGACAAAGAAAGCAGGUACGGAUGACUUCGUUGGCGUUGAUGAUGAGACCUGCUGUGUCAAGACAUGCUCUCAGUACCAGGACAAGUGCACAGGUGACUAUGCACCCAAUCCGGACGUGAACAAGACGGCCGGCAGCACUGCGGAGAUUUGCUGCAAGAAAACUUGUGGACUCUACUCCUGCAGCACUGGCAAGCUCAAGCCAAAUGCCCAGGAGAUCAUUGAUGCAACUGAUGGCGCUUGCUGCGAGCAUGCUGCAUGCUCUGACUUCCGCAAGAAGACUCUGGUCGAGGGAGGCUGCAACCAGUUGGACACGGAGGAGAAGUGCGCAGCGAGCAAGUUGGCGCUGAAGAACGUCGACACCAACAAAACAGAUGAGCUGGCGUGCUAUUGGAAGGCCCUGUCGCGCAAGACGGCGCUGUGUAUGGUCGGCCCAGCAAAGCCUUCGAGCUGCAGUGAUUGA